CUCAAAGUGUACAUCUAUGAUUUCCUGCGGUCAUCCCUAUAUCUCUCUCUCUCCACAGAUCUAUCUAUCCAAUCUAAUCUUCUUGAAUCAAAAUCAGUAACAUAUCUAUCUCAAAACCCUAAUAAAAUCCUCUCGCUCUCUCUCACUCACUUCUUCUCCUCACCAACAUCAAUCAUAAACCCUGAUUCGCUAAAUAUCACUCAGUAUAAAAAUGGCGAGUCCAUAUCCACCGCCGGUAACCGUAAAAGCAGUUCAGGUUGGUUCGUACUUUGUUGGGCAGUAUUAUCAGGUACUUCAACAGCAUCCAGAUCUCGUGCAUCGAUUCUAUGCCGAUGGCAGCACCAUCAUUCGUAUCGAUGCCCAUUCUACCGAUUCUGCUAACACAAUGCUGCAAAUUCAUGCGCUUGUCAUGUCUUUAAACUUUUCUGCUAUUGAAAUCAAGACUAUCAAUUCGCUCGAGUCGUGGAAUGGAGGUGUUCUGGUUAUGGUGUCUGGUUCUGUUAAGACCAAGGAUUUUGUUAAUAGAAGGAAAUUUGUUCAGACCUUUUUCCUGGCUCCACAGGAGAAAGGUUACUUUGUUCUCAACGAUAUCUUUCACUUUGUUGAUGAUGGAGUUGUUUACCAACAAAAUCUAGCACCCAGGCCAUCUGAAAACAUGUACAUGCAACAUCCAGUGGCUGUAUCAUCUGACGAGACUUUUGAUGCGCAAUUAGAUUCUUCUCACUCUCCUCCAGAGCCUCCAGUUUCUGACUAUGUUUUGGAGGAAGAAGCUAGAGAAUAUGUGAACUCAGUUCGCAUAGAUGAUGAUCCAGUUGACAAGUACAGUCUCCCAGAGCAACAAGAGCAACAAGACUUUGAGACUGAAAUUGUAGUAGAUGAAACUCCUGUAGUGGAAACACCUGCUUCAUUUCAAAGUGCUGUAAAUGUUGGACAAGAUUUUCCAACUGCUGCUCCAGAAGAACCCAUGGAAGAGCCUCAAAAGAAAACUUACGCUUCAAUACUACUAGUUUCCAAGGGGCCGUCUUCUUCAUCAGUUGCCACCCAGCCACCUGUUAACAAGAGUGCCCCUACAACUUCUGAUUGGAAUCAUAUGCCAACAACCACUGCACUGCAGCCAGAAUCUGUAUCAUAUGCAACAGAAACUGGAGUUGAGGCUACAGAGGAAAGCUUUGGAGUAGACGAAGGUGAACCAAAAUCUGUCUAUGUGAGAAACUUGCCCUCUGAUGUUACUGCUGCAGAAAUUGAGGAGGAGUUUAAACACUUCGGUAGAAUCAAACCUGAUGGUGUUUUCGUUAGGAAUCGCAAGGAUGUUGUUGGUGUUUGCUAUGCUUUUGUUGAGUUUGAAGAUCUUCUAAGUGUUCAAAAUGCAAUCAAGGCAUCUCCAAUACAGCUGGCUGGAAGGCCAGUCUACAUUGAGGAGCGAAGACCCAGCACCAGUAUUGCAUCUCGAGGUGGAAGAGGAAGAGGGAGAGGUUACCAAACAGAUGCACCAAGGGGGCGUUUUGGUGGCCGUAGUUUGGGAAGGGGAGGCAAUCAAGAUGGUGGUGACUACAACAGAGCAAGAGGCAAUGGUUUCUAUCAGCGUGCUUUCUGAUAGGACGAAGGUUAUCAGGGAAUGAAGUGUGAAAAGGAUGAACCACUCUGCCUGGACCUGGGUUUUUUGAUCUGAAGGUUAUACAGGUUUUUUGAGUUGUUGAUUCCUGAUUGAAUAUUUUCCUUUGAUUGGUUUCAGGAAAGAUAUGUACUUUUUAAAGUGUGUCAUUUCACGUGAAAGGAGUUUCAAGUGUAUUCUGUGUUAUUUGUUCUUGUUUAUAUAGAUACGCUUCGAAUCCCCUUGAAUGGUUUUUAUCACACAGUUCGAGUGGGAAAAUUUUGAUUCAAGCUCAAUGUGGUGAAUCGAUGUGAUCUGCUGAUUUUAUGGUUUAGAAGAGCAAUUUUUCUUUUGAA